GCCGAGCUGAAGCGCCUGUACACCCAGCUCCAGAUCAUGCACAACAAGACCCUCCGGCAGGACAAUCCCCACAUCUCCAAGCGGAGGGGAGGGAGGAAGCCGACGCAUCGACGGUUCUCGCUCCAGGUCAAGCACCGGCGGAGCCGAGGCGGGAACGGGAGCCGGGCCGGGGGACACGGUCACGGAGCGGAGGACCCGGCGGACGGGGGAUCCCGGACGCCCGAGAACUCGGUCUGCAGCAACGACGGGGACACGGCCGUCUACCCGGACGGACCGUCCACGAUAUCGGUCGACAUGGGGAUGGCGGCGAGGGGGAGGCGGAAAUGACCGUGGGGGUGGUGACGUGGGACCAACGACGACGGGGAUCGGCGAGACCGGCCGAUCUCUUGUGCCAACGGGGACGGGAGAGGACCGGUGGCAGGGUGAGGACCGGUGGCCGAGCGAGGACCGAUUCACGGGAGUGGGGAAACGCUUAGGCUUCCUUCAUGAGCCGCAUUGGGUAUCAUGUUGACG